CCAAACAAUCUCCUUUUCAAAAGAUACUGCAGGGGGCACUUUUUAUGCUUUUAACCAGCAAUUCUGCACCCAAAGACGACGGUUGCUUUUCCUAAAUAUCGCCCUCUUGUGGCCAGAUGGCGCCACUGAAAUAGUCUGGUGUCGCGUUCAUGCGUGAAUACAACUUAUUCAUUAGUGGUACAAAGUCGGGCUUUGGGAAUAUAUCGGGGAUUCUACCAGACUGGUGGCAGUGCUAUAGAAACGGGACGCUAUCUAGAAGUUUUUGGAGCACUUGAGUAAAGAAAUUCUGAGUAACUUUCACAAUUUCUUAACCCUUCUUUGAUAGAAGAAGUACUUGAAUCUGCUUUACUUUGUUCAUAGAGACCGAGUAUGAGCACAAUGUCAUAAAGCAAGUCUGAGUAGACAGACUUCACUGCCUUGAUGGCUCGGAGCGUUGCAUGGCGACGUACUGUCAGUGACGCUGCCUCCUGGCAUCAGGACCAGGCCCUGUCGGCAACCAUCUACAUCCUGCGGGAGACGGGCCCCACGGGAUUUCUGCUGAAAGAAGAAGGCGAGGCCAAGAAAGUGAAGGUCUUUCUGGGCGACCCUCACAGCUGCACCUGUAGCGUGUUUCAAAAGGAGAGAGAUCUCUGCAAGCACAUAUGCUGGGUGCUGCUCAAAAAAUUCAGGGUCCCUAGACAAAAUCCAAUUUCCUUCCAGCUGGGUCUCGUUGAGCGUGAAAUCAAUGAAAUACUCCGCGGCAUCAACAGCGGGAGCCGGCAAGGGGGUGCAGCACACCGGGAGCGAGCCACAUCCAGCCGCAAGGUGGCCCCGGGUGCUGCCCCCUUGUCGGCCGACGGGCGGGAGGUGUUGUCCCAGCGCGAGAUCACCGAAGACGACGUUUGCCCCAUCUGUCAGGAGGAGCUGUUGAAUGCAAGGGAGGCUGUGACUUACUGCAGGUAUGGCUGCGCCAAGAGCAUCCACAUCAAGUGCAUGAAGGUGUGGGCAGAGCAUCAGCGCUCGGUGGGGGAGACUUUGAUCCGCUGCCCCCUGUGCCGUGAGGACUUCGGCCAGCUGGAGCAGCUGCAAGCCGAGUACCGCAACGCCUCGCUGCAGCGCACCCGGGCUGAGAGACUGGACGUGCAUACGGGCAUCUGCUGCCAACAUUGUAACAAGUCCCCUGUCCAGGGGAAAUGCUACAGAUGCACAGAGUGUUUUGACUACUGUCUGUGCCAUGCCUGCUUCCUAACCAACAUUCACAGUGAACAUUCCUUCAAAUUCCGACAGAAGAUGAAUCAGCGCUGGCGCCCUGCCCAGCGCGGGUCUGGCUCGGCCUUACCUCAGGCUGUGCUGGACGACCUACUGGCCAGGGAGAUAUCCGAGGGAGACUAUGACCUCUUACUGCAGCUGGACAGCCAAACGGCCAACCAGCCCAGCAACAUUCCGGAGAAGGUGAUCAAGGGUUUCCCCACAGAGACGGUGCGGCAGGGCAGCGUGCUGCUCCACCCCGGGGUGCAGUGCAGGGUGUGUCUGCGGGGCUACAGCGUAGGGCAGGUGCUGAGACGCCUACCAUGUAGGCACAAGUUCCACACCUCCUGCAUCGAUCCCUGGCUCCUCCACCAGCACCCGACUUGCCCCGUGGAUGGCAGUCUCGUCUGGAGCCCGGGCAAUGAUGAGCCAUCCACCUUGGCUAAUCAGAAUCAGCGGAGUAAACUGCCGGCGAAUGGGAGUGUAGGCGCUGGGGAAGCUUUGGACAUUCCCGGGAUUGGGGUGACAUCCGUGAGGCUUGGAAGAUCUGGUGAUGCCGUUUCUAAGGGGCGUCUUCGAGGCAGGCCCAGAAUUGUUGAGAGAGCCCCAAGUGAGGAUGUGGAGGGACUGGCUGCAGAUUUUGCCCUGACGGGGCUGGGGAUCGCAUCACAUGGCCGACCCCAGAGAGAUCAGCCAAACUCGAGAGAGAUGACAAGGCUACAGCCGAGAAGAAAUGGCAGUCCAAGAGCAUACGUGGACUUUGACAUUGGAGGAGAUGGGGUGGCAGACCCGGCAAUCAAUAUGGAAGCCAUUAAUGCAAUUGCGAGUGCCAACAAUGACAGCGGGUUGUCCCAGGACCUGCCCUUCGAGAAGCAAUCUGGUGAGUUGCGGCAAGGGCAUGUGAAUGGUCAGCCAGCUCAACCAGAGAAUUGGGCGUACAAUUCUUCCUCGAGGUCCGUUCACCAUUCGCGGAUUGAGCAAGACACUGCCGGUGGAAAUAGCCAGGUGCCAGUUCCACCACGACUUGAAACCCUGAUUCUCCCGGGUGCUACCACGUCAACAAAGAAAACCAGACAUCAACCCCUACGGGGUGCAGCCUUGACCGGGAGACCACCCCUCCCCACCCAGCCCCUGGUGGACCUUUCCACUGCUCCAUCCAUUCCCCUCCGGAGGGAGAGUGCCAUGGCCCCCAUAGGAAACAGCCGACAGCAGAGUACCAGUGCACCAAGCCCGGGCCAGAGGACUGUUCCAUUGGAGGCGGAGGGGUCACCAGGCCGCAGACCUCCAUUGCCAACAGGGGGCUCCCCUGGAUCAGUCAGAGACCGUGGACGGCAGCCAGUCAGGAAUGUCCGGUCAACGCCUCCUAGGAGAGCCCGAAGCAUCAGUGUGGAGCGCAGCAGAUCGCGGGAGAGGCUCCACCCACCAAACGUCGACAAACAACAGGUUUUGGAGGACCUCUUCCUGGGGUUGUCACCCGGUGGCCAGCACGUUCCCUUGGCCAACAGUUCCGGGCAAGUCAAAGGCCGCAGGUCAUCGCCACUGAGGUCAAGGGUAGGCCAGUUCCACGGUGGAGCUCAGGUUAAGAGAGAGGAGCAGCUCAGUGAGGGAAUUUCAGGCAGUGGACUGAGCUCGCAAGUGCAGUAAUAUUGGCCAUUAUGAGGCCAUCUUGGUCUGGUGCCCUGUGACGAGUGUGAUGAAUUCAAUGGAGAAGUGAGAGACCGGAAUGGGACCAGCCUGUGUGGGUAGAAAGUGUAGAAAGUUUCUGCGAUGCAGAAAGUGUACAUGUACAAUGUACUUUGCUUCCAAGGAAUUUUUGAUAAUCUUCAGGUCCCCAAGAUUGGGUCAUAGGUUAACAAAAGUUAAGAGUCAACCUUGGUGGCCAUAGAUGUAAUGUCUCUUGAUGUGGUAAUUUAGGGAUGACUCAGUUUAAUGAGUGCAAUUUGAUGUAGACUGGAGUUAUGCAAUGCACAUUCUGUUUUGUGCACAAAGAAUUCAUCAAGGAGUAUUAUACAAGUAUUUCUUCCAAUUUCUUCCUUGUGUUUUUGAAAUAUUGGUUCGAAGAGAAAUAAAAUUAUACAAUUUACAUG